AACUUCGAGCAGCAGCAGAGUUCGCCAUUUUGGAAGGCAGCUUUGUUCGUACACAAAAGUACAGAUAAAACAUCGGUUUUUUUUUUGUUUAGUUUUUUAAAAACCUAUUAGUUGUUUGGGGUGCAUCAGUCGAUAGAUAAAAUGCGACAGGCAAAGCGAAUUCGUUCCCCUGGCGUUUGGCUCAGUGAGUUCAGCUGGGUGGAGAGCCGAAAGCGCCAGAAGCGAGAUGAUUCGAAUAGCAGUGCAAGGGAGAAUAAAUCUCGAAGACGUCAACAACCCCUCAAAACACAUGAAGGGCACUACCUGGAGACCCACAGCCUGAACCAGCAGAGGAUAGAGUCUAAGGACAGGAGGGCCAGAGAAGCCAGCCUGGAGAUGGGCUACGACGAGGACAACAGGGCCGCCGCCACCAGGGACAGAGAUCGGGAGAAGGACAAGGAGUGGCACCACUACAGCAAGUCAUCAGGGCGGAGUGGCAAGAGUGGCCGUAGUAGCCGCCGAGGCCGGAGACGCAGCCCUUCUCAUCAACGCUCCUCUUACUCGAGGAGCCAUCAUCGCAGGAGCAGGAAAAGAUCCCGGAGUGUUGAGGAUGAUGACGAGGGUCACCUGAUCUAUCACAGGGGAGACAUGCUAAGAGCCAGAUGUAUAGAAUAUAUCACUUUUCUCUCUCUGUCAACUAGCUAUCUGUUAUGUUGUUGCUUUUUCAUAUGGUGUACUGUUGCAAAAUUCUAUUCUAUUGUAGACACUUGUAUUUGAGUGGGUAGGGUUUAUCAUUGUAUUGUUAAAUGUGGAUUAGUAAUUACACCUCGCUACAUAUUAUCAUUAUUAGUGUGAUGUGUGUACUGUGUAUUAUGUUUUGUUGGCUUGGAGCCCUGUCCUGUUCUAGUUAGACAGUAUAAUGCUAAAUCCAUAUCAAACAAAGCAGCUAGGCAGACAUUAUGUGGCAGGUGUGAUGGUAGUGGAUGCCAGUCAUCACUGCUCUGGUUCUAACUAAUGCUCUUUAUUCUCUGUAGAUGAGAUUGUGUCAACUCUAGGAGAAGGAGCCUUUGGGAAAGUCGUGGAAUGCAUCGAUCACUCUAAGAGCCUGCCUGUUACGCGAAUGCAGUAAGAAGCCAAUAAUUGGUUCUCGCGUGGCACUGAAGAUCAUUAAAAACAUUGACCGGUACCGCGAAGCAGCCAUGGCUGAGGUGGAGGUGCUGGAGCAGAUGAACUCUCUGGACUGUGACCGGAGAUAUGGAUGUGUGAGGAUGCUGGACUGGUUCGACCACCACGGUCACGUGUGUAUAUCGUUUGAGCUGCUGGGGCUCAGUACCUAUGACUACCUGAAGGAGAACAACUUCCAGCCGUUCCCAGUAGAACACAUCAGGAUCAUGGCCUACCAGAUCAUACGAGCCGUACGAUUCCUGCAUAAGAACAAGCUGACACACACUGACCUGAAGCCCGAGAACAUUCUGUUUGUGGACUCGGAGUACGACAUCAAGUACAACGCCAAAAUGAAGCGCGACGAGAGGACGUUGAAGAACCCAGACGUGAAGGUGGUUGAUUUUGGCAACGCCACAUAUGAACACAACCACCACACCUCCGUAGUGUCCACACGCCACUACCGCGCUCCAGAGGUCAUUCUGGAUCUGGGCUGGGACCAUGCCUGUGACGUGUGGAGUCUGGGCUGUAUCCUCAUAGAGUACUACCUGGGAUCAACUCUCUUCCAGACCCACGACAGUAAAGAACACCUAGCUAUGAUGGAGAGGGUCCUGGGCCCCAUACCGGUACAUCUCCUGCAGAAAACCAAGAAGCGGCGGUAUGUCCAUCGGUACCAGCUGGACUGGGAUGCACUCAGCUCCUCUGGGAGAUACGUGAGGAAACACUGCAAACCACUCAAGCAAUACAUGAUGGUCCAGAGCUUGGACCACGACCAGCUGUUUGACCUGAUCCAGAAGAUGCUGGAGUACGACCCAGCUAAACGCCUCUCCCUGGACCAGGCUCUCAGACACCCCUUCUUCACCUGCCUACGCAAGGCCACCAGGAAAUGACCUUUAACCCCAGCGUGGACCCCAACCUGACUAUCAUCGUGACAAUCAUCACAACCGUUGUGGCCAUGACCAUCACCAUGACAACUGUGAUGAUUGACGAUCGCCAUAGCCCUACAUUGACUCUCCGGGAGAGAUUGUUUACCUCUGGCUGUAUCAGUCCGCCCACGUGGCUUUUUGUCCAUUGCUGUCAUGCUAGUUAGUGUUAAUGUAUUGCGAGUUGUAUCGUUGUAGCAACCAGGUUCACUGAUGAAGCUGGUGCGUUAUUCUAUGGGCUGUCAGACUUAAUCAGUUAACUCCAGUUAACGUUGUUUUUUCAAUUGCGAUUUAUCGCAUUGUCUAAAUGCUUUCCAAAGACACUGAAAACAUCCCAAAAACAACCUAUUCAGCUAAAAACUAGUUGACAUUGAGGUUAAAGAAAGUGUGCUUUUUCAAUUUACCUAAUUCUGUUAACUGUUAGGCAAACUCAAGAUGUCAAUAUUCUUGUAAUGUUUUUGUAUAAGAAAAUCUUACAUUUCACCUUAAUUUGAGCAAAUUCAGAAUUUGCGAUUAAUCAAAGCAAAUCUUGUAACUCACUGGAUGAUAUUUUUGUCUGACUGCCCUGAGUUUUUUUCCCAAGUCUCUUUUUUCAGUAUGACUGGAUUUGUAACUUUUGGAAUAUCGCUGUGUGUUUGCAUUUGUCAAUACAUACGUCUGGAGUAUGAACGUAUAUGUAAAAAAUAAAGUACCCUGUGCACAGCA